CCAAUUUUCUUAUAUUAUUAUCUCGAUCUUUGAGACUUUCAGAUGUCUUCUUAAGAGUCUGACAUUUACUUCAAAAUACUUUAUUCGUUCUUUUUGUCAAAAUUUAAUUUAUUCAUUGAAUCAUUAAUUAAAAUAUAUUAUUGCUUUGUUGAUUUUUGUUUAUAAAACAAGUGAAAAUGCCCGUUUUUCAUACAAAAACAAUUGAAUCUAUUUUGGAUCCAGUUGCACAACAGGUAUCCAAAUUGGUUAUCCUACAUGAGGAAGCUGAGGAUGGCAUACCUAUGCCUGACCUUCAACUACCAGUUAGGUCAGUCAGCAAUGCUGUUUUAAACUUGGUCAAAGUUGGUAGAGAUACAAUCAACAGCUCCGAUGACCCAAUUCUACGUCAAGACAUGCCAUCUGCCCUCGUUAGAGUGGAAAGGUCAUCAAAACUAUUGGAAGAAGCUAGUGAUAUGCUUAAGCAAGACCCCUUCUCAUCUCCUGCAAGAAAACGGUUGAUCGAAGGUAGUGGAGGCAUUUUACAGGCCACUUCUGCCCUGCUACUUUGUUUUGAUGAAUCUGAGGUUAGGAAAAUCAUCAGGGAAUGCCAUAGGGUCCUUGAUUACCUUGCAGUUGCUGAAGUUAUAGAAACUCUAGAUGAACUAGUACAGUUUCUGAGGGAUUUAAGCCCUUGUCUAAGUAGAGUAUCUAAAGAAGUCAGUGCCAGAGAAAAAGAGCUAACUCACCAGGUUCAUGCAGAGAUUUUAGUGAGAUGUCUAGAUCAAGUGAAAACUUUGGCCCCAAUUUUGAUUUGUUCAAUGAAAAUCUACAUACAUAUAGUAUCUCAGGGAGGAAAAGGUGCUGAAGAAGCUGCGGAAAACAGAAACUAUCUGACCCAGAGAAUGACAGAUGAAAUCAAUGAGAUUAUUAGGGUUUUACAGCUGACCAGUUAUGAUGAAGAACAGUCAGAAUUGGAUAAUUUAACUGUAUUGAAGAAAUUGCAAAAUGCAAUAACCAAUAAAACAAAUGCGGCAAAUGACUGGUUAUUUGAUCCGAAUGCCGUGAAAGGUGGUGUGGGAGAAAAGUCCUUAAGACAGAUUAUUGAUGCUGCACAAAAAGUUGCUGAAAGAUGUCUUCCGCACGAUUCAGAAAAUGUGAACAAACUUUGUUCUGACCUGACAACUAUGACUGAUGCAUUAUGCGAACUUCGUCAGGAUGGUAAGGGUGCUAGCCCUCAGGCAGAAUCUUUAGCAAGGGGUAUUCGAGAAAAACUAGGACAACUUCAGCAGUCUGUUAUGAAUGCCGUUGUUGCUGUGGAUAAGGCUGGAUUACAACAAACUGCUCACACUGCGCAAGGAAGGUUAGAACAGGCACGGAAAUGGCUCUCCAAUCCAGGCCAGGAUGACAGAGGUCUUGGACGUAGGGCUAUAACAGCAGUUGUUGGAGAAGGCCGAAAAGUUGCAGAUGGGUUACCAGGAAUCCAAAAAGCUGAAAUCCUUCAAUUAUGUGAUGAAGUGGAUUCCCUCUCUCGCCAAUUAUCUGAUCUGUGUGUCCAAGGAAAGGGUAACUCGCCACAAGCUCAGGAAGUAGCAAGAAGAUUAUCUCAGAAGUUGCACGAACUCAAAGAAAAAAUCAACCAAGCUGUGGUAAACAGGGUUGUUGAAGAUUUCAUUGAUAUUGUUACUCCUCUGAAGCAAUUCACCGAAGCAGUUUUAGUACCUGAAGGUUCAGCUAACCGGGAUCAAAACUUUUCUGAUAAAGCCGCUAAUUUACAGCAGUUUUCAAACAGAGCAGUGAAAACCGCUAAAAUGGUAGCAGCUGGGAGUAGCUCUGGCAAUAAAAAAAUGGCGGAAGCUCUUCAGAGUGCUGCCAAUCAAGUGGAAAGUUUAACACCCCAGUUGAUAUCUGCUGGUAGCAUUCGAAUGAACUACCCAUCAUCCAAAGCUGCUGACGAACAUUUUGAAAACCUACGUCAACAAUAUGCCGAAACCUUAACUAAAGUUCGGAACUUGUGCGAUGAGGCCACCGAUUCUGCCGAUUUCAUAAAGUCAUCUGAGGAGCAGAUGAAAAAACAUACAUUUUUGUGCGAAGAGGCCAUAAAGAACAAACAACCUCAGAAGAUGGUUGAUAAUACUUCUGCAAUUGCCAGACUUGCCAAUAGAGUUCUUCUUGUUGCUAAACAGGAAUGUGACAAUUCGGAAGAUCCAAAUUUCAUUGAGAACGUUAACAAAACUUCAGAUUUACUCCAAAAUUGCGUUCCUCCUAUGGUGCAAGAUGCAAAGUUUGUUGCAGUUAAUCCAUCUGAUGCAAAUGCUGUAUCUAAAUGGAGGGAUUCAAACAGAGGGCUAUUAAAUGCUGUGGGACAAGUUCGCCAAGCAGUUCAGAUCCAUCCGGAAUUACCGCCAUUACCUGAUAUAAAUUCACUGAGUUUGGAGUCUACGCCAAGCAAUUACUUUAUCGAUAAAGUUGGCGAACCGCUGAGAAACACACCAACACCUGGCAGGGAGUUUGGGACUCUCAGUCCCUCCCACCAUCAACAAGGGCGGGUCAGCCCAUUGCCUAAGUGGGCAAGAGGCGACAAUUCAGACUUGCUUUGUCAAGAACUUGCCCCUAACUAUCAAGAACCAGAACAGGCUCCUCCAAGACCUCCUCUGCCUCAUGACAGCGCACCUAUAAGGCCACCACCACCAGAAACAGACGACGAAGAUGACGUUUUCAAAACUGCUCCCUUACCCAGUCAACCAAUAAUGGUUGCAGCCCAUAACUUGCACAGAGAAGUAAAACAGUGGUCGGCAAAGGACAACGAACUUAUUGCUGCUGCACAAAGGAUGGCAAAAUUAAUGGCUAAUUUAUCAGAGCUUGUUCGCAAUGAUGAUAAAGGUUCCAAGAGAAAUCUUAUAGCUACAGCUAAAGCUAUAGCAGAUGCCAGCGCAGAAGUGACUAGAAUAGCUAAACAAUUGGCACGGGAAUGCACUGAUAAAAGAAUAAGAACCAAUCUACUUCAAGUUUGUGAAAGAAUUCCAACGAUUGCUACCCAGUUGAAGAUUUUAACUACAGUUAAAGCUACUAUGCUAGGAUCUCAAGGUUCCGAAGAAGACAGAGAAGCAACUGAAAUGCUGGAAGGAAAUGCCCAGAAUCUAAUGCAAAGUGUCAAGGAAACAGUCAGAGCUGCAGAGAGUGCCAGCGUGAAAAUCCAUGCCCAAACUCACGGAAGGUUGAGAUGGGUACGAAAGCAACCUUGGUAUGCAUAUGCCUAAGACGUUUCGAAGGAGACUUUUGUGAUUAGAGUCGAUGGCUUAUUCAGGAGGGGUCACUCUGUCUGUCACCAACUUCCCUUUCAUGAAAAGACCGGUUAUUUAUUCUUGAUCUAUUUUGAAUACCACUUUGAAUUUUUUUAUUUUCCAUUUUAUUUUUCGAAAAGAAUUUGAUAUAUUUUGCGAGUUAAAUUAAUAACCAAAACAAUUUAUAUUUGACUAACUUUAUUUAUUUGAUAACAUUGACCUAACCAGAACUUUAUACAUAUGAUUAACGAUAAUGCAACUUAGAUAUGGCACCGCUUUGAUCGUAAAACAAAAAUAAAUUAACAGGCUUCCAAAUAAUAGUGCCAAAACUUGAAAGAAUCGUUAAUCAUACUAAAUAUUUGUAAGUACCCCAAGACAAUCCUAAAAUUUAAAUAAUCUCUUAUGAAAUUAUGUUCUCAUUAAAAAAGUUCACCGAUACCAACUAGCAUAGGUUUUAAAAUAUACCACAAGUGAUGUAGAAUUGCCUUGCCCAGAAAUAGUUAUUUUUAUAAGCUUUAAAUAUAGAUGAAGAUUUAAAUUUUUAUGUGCAAUAGUGCCAAAUUAUCCAGCCGUUAUGUAUUUUGUUAGCAAUAAUUGUAUUUGUUGAGCAAUAUAAAUCAAUGCCAUUAGAUAUUCAUAUAUUUUUCCUAAAUUUAUGUAUACAGCUUUUAUCGUUUUAAAAAUGAUUAAUAUACUUGAGUGAAACUUUUUGUAACAAGUAAAUUAAUAAAAUAUUAUA